AUGGCGUAUGAUGAUGCCUCUCCACCGAAAAAACGUUGGCAACAACAAAGUUGUUCAUCAACACCAUCGCCAUCAUUUAUAUUAGACGCAAAUCAAUGGCGUCAACAAAGUGUACUUGUGCUGGAUAAUAAAAAUCCUCAUAUUUAUCAUCUAGGUAUAAUUAGUGAUAUAAUUGAUUCUCAUUUUAUAGAAAUAUCAUUUCGUGAUGAACAAUUAUCAUCAGUUAAAAUCGAUAUAAAUCAACCAUUAAAUAAUCAUUUGCCAUCGGUAAUAAUCGAUAAUAUACCAGCAUGUCAAGAUCUUCUUAUUAAUACACCAGUAUGUGUACGAAAAUUAAAAAAUGAUAAUAUAAAUCAAUUUAUAUGUGGUCGAAUAAAAUCAAAACAUUCAACACGAUUAGAAUUUUCAAUUGAUUUUAAAGAUUCAAAUAAUAAUCGUGAUGAUUUAAGUGAUGAUGAAGAAGAUAUAUGGUUUACAAGACAAAAUAUACGUUUAUUAAUUGAACCAUGGCACGAAGAAUUACGUUUACAUCAAGAAAAUUUAUCUAUCUUUCGACCAAUAUCUAUUGAUUUACCAGUCAAUAAUAAUAAUAAUAAUAAUAAUGAUCAACAAAUAGUAUAUCCAACACCACCAGCUGAACAGAAAGAUGAAGACGAUGAAGAAGUUGAAAGAGAAUUUAAAAAUACUGAACAACAAAAUAUUAAUAAACCUCCAGGAGUUAAAAAAGGAGAUAUUUUUACAAUGGGUACGACAGGUAUACGAAAGAAAUUUAAUGGAAAGCAAUGGCGUCGUUUAUGUGGUAUGAAUCAAUGUCAAAAGGAAUCACAAAGACAUGGAUAUUGUUCAAAACAUUUAUCACAAAUGCGUGAGCCAAUGAGUCGAUUUGUUGGUACAAUAGGUAAUUUUCCUCAUGCUGCUGCUCUUCCAUUUCUAGCUGAAUUUUAUCCACAUCGUCUUGAUUAUGGUCCACCACCUUCAUCAACAUUACCAUACUACCAUCAUCUUGUGCAAGCACAAUCAGCAGGAUUAUCAAAUAUGCAUCCACUUCGAUCAUUUUCAACACCAUCAUUAUCAUCAUCAGCAUUACUAGUCAAUUCAAAUCAUUCACCUAGUGCCUUUGUACCACUUAUACCUAUGAUUCGACAACAUUCCGUCGAUAUAACACCAUCACCAAUAUUAUCUAAUCAUAGAGAUUCUUCUACACGACGUUUAAGUGAAGAUGAUGAUGAUGUAGAAAUUGAUAUAGAAUCUAUUCCAUCACCUACUGUCAAACGAUUUCGUACUAAUAUUAUUGAAAAUGACAAGGAUACUAAUAAUAGCAACUCUAAUAGUAUGUCAUCAAUUUGUCAAGAUGUUUUACCCAAAUUAAUGACGACGGUUUCUGUUGUUGAACCAUCAAGUUCUUGA